AUGUCCUCUCAUUUAGUAGAGCAGCCGCCGCCCCCGCACAACAACAACUGUGAGGAAGGCGAACAGCCUUUGCCCCCGCCAGCUGGCCUCAACAGUUCCUGGGUGAAGCUACCCAUGAACAGCAGCAAUGGCAACGAUAAUGGCAAUGGGAAAAAUGGGGAGCUAGAACAUGUACCUUCCUCAUCCUCUAUCCACAAUGGAGACAUGGAGAGGAUUCUUUUGAUUGCACAACAUGAAUCAGGACAGAGUAGUUCAAGAGCCAGCUCUCACUGUGACAGCCCUUCCCCACAAGAAGAUGGGCAGAUUAUGUUUGAUGUGGAGAUGCACACCAGCAGGGACGAUAGCCCUCAGUCAGAAGAAGUUCCAGAAGGAGAGAAAGAAGUUGAUGCUUCGGAAAAAAGCGUCGACUGGGUGUCCGACUGGUCCAAUAGGCCUGAAAACAUUCCACCUAAGGAGCUCCACUUCAGACACCCCAAAAGCUCUGUCUCUUUAAGCAUGAGGAAAAGUGGGGCCAUGAAGAAAGGGGGUAUUUUCUCCGCAGAAUUCCUUAAGGUGUUCAUUCCGUCUCUCUUCCUCUCUCAUGUUUUGGUUUUGGGCCUAGGCAUCUGUAUUGGAAAGUGA